AUGUCCGAUGAUAUUGAUAAACCUUUAUCAGAAACUACGGAGAGUAGAAAUGUGGUCGACGAAGACCCAAAGGUUUCGGCAUCAGGGUAUAAUGAACAACAAGCGACUGACGUGGAGGAUACAGCUGAGAAAAUUGAUAAAAUUGUACGGAAAAUUCCCAACGAAAGAAAGGAGUUACAAGUUGCUUCUGACGAAGAUGACGAGGAGCGCGUAAUUGUAGAUCGCACUGCUCUUGAAGCAAUAUUGGAUGUCAGUUCUCGACUUAAGGGUAUUCAGAGAAAAAGUAGGAUAUCAAUGAGUACACUUGCGUUAGGACAUGAAUCUUAUAAAGACAAGCAAGCAAAAGCUAAAGAAAUUCGCAGCAAUCGUUUGGGAGGUUUAAAAACUCAACAUAGGUUUUUACUUGAGAAUGCAGCUGUCAUCUUAAACAAAUCUCCUGAAUAUGUUCUGGAGGGUGUGUGUGAUGCUGACAUUCAUAUAGAACUUUUAGAUAGUGCUGUUGCUGAAGGUGGUAGAAAUUGUAUUAUGGUGUGUGAUGCUACGAUGCCACCGUUAAAAAUGGAAUCAGGUCGUUUCGUACCAAAUCAAAAAUCUUGGAUGGAAAGAGUUUAUAUAUCUGAUACAUCUUCAAUACCUAUACAAGGUCGCUGCGUGGGCAUGUACCGGAUUAAAAACAAAGCUAUUGAUGUGAAAAAUGUUGCUGACAAAUGGAGGCUGUUGGAUAAUCAAGUUACGGAUUAUUACAAUGAAGCUUCUGAUAACGUGAAGUAUUUGUAUGCUUUUGAGAAAUAUUGCGAACCUUUAUACAGAUGCGACCCUGUCACCAUGCAUCAACACAUACCAGGCUUGCUUUACACAGUGCGGAUGAUAUUUGCAACGUCACGUUAUUACAAUACAACUAAGCAAAUUUCUACAUUACUUGUAAAAGUCACUAAUCAAAUACUAAACAUGUGCAUGGACUACUUGACUAAUAAAGGCAAGAAGACAAUUUGGAAACAAGAUAAGCAAAAUUUCAUAAAGAAAGCUAAGAUAAUAGAUUUAUUUAAAACAUAUAUUACUUAUUAUGUCUUGAAUAAAAGUACUUUGGAAGGAAUUGAAGAGUUUGCAGCGUCAUUUAACAAGUUUUUCAAAACGAUAUCGACAAAAACAUACGAUGCUUUAGAUCAUAGGCGGCCCGAUUUCGAUAAGGAUUACAAGACUUACAAAGAUGCUGUCGCUAACCAGGAGCUCUUAUUAGAAAAUUUUAUGAUAAAUAGUGUGAAUAAAUGCCCCACAACUGAAAUUGCGUUGAAUUUGUUGAAACGUUUUGAAAAAUUAAAACUGGACUGUUUGUAUCUUGAAGACCAAUAUUACGAUUUGAUAGGUAAUUUUACUGCGGAGAUUGAAAACAUUCGUGAUAGGUACAAUGAAGAAAGAGAAAACCCAGAACUACCUAGAAAUAUGCCUCCUGUAGCAGGGCGAAUUAUGUGGAUAAGAUUUUAUAAUAAAAAUAUUAAAUUACCAAUGGAAGAGUUUAAGAAACACCAUGAGGUCAUAACACAUACGGUGAGGUUGGGAUUAAUCGCGCCGCUACUUAUACGUCAUCCAACGACGAAUUCAUAUGUAGUGAAUUUUAACGUAUUCAUACCUGAAUGCAUCAGAGAAGUCGAGUAUAUGUGGCAGUUGGGAUUAAGCGUCCCAGAUGCCGCCCAAAUAGUGGCUUAUUGUAAAGAACGAAUAUUUUCAAAUUAUGAACGUAUUAAGUGCCUAGUGGAGAGAAAUGAUAAAAUUAGAAGGAGCAUGCCAAAAUUGUACUUACCUUUACUGCGGGCGCAGAUUGUGAAAAUGGAAAAAGCAUUUCAACCCGGUUUUUCAACGAUAACAUGGACUUCAUUAGAGAUACCAGCUUAUUGUGAUAAGAUUGAAGAAGUUUUAGACGAAGUGGAUUUAUUCGUAAAAGAGGUUGUGGAUAUGAAAGAAGCCCGAAUAGAUUCAAUAUUGCGAUCUAUAGCAAAAACUAUCUUGGUUUAUUUGCCUGAAAAUGCUGUAGAUCCUAACAUAUUCUAUGAAGAUAAUUUAGUGAGGCGCGAUGAAUUAGCACAAGAUUUACAACAAAAAUCAUGGAAUGCCGAAUUAGCUGUGAUUGAACUUAUAAACAAGUUUUUAGAAAGUGUACCUUCGAAACCGAUUCAAGAUCUGAAAGAUAAUUGGUUAGAUGCAGAAAGAGCUUUAAAACUAGUUACGUCAGCGACAAGAGUAUUUCCUGAAAAUGCUGCAUUUUUGGAAAUAGAAAACCCAGACCGCUUUGAUGUAACGCACACAAUCAAUGAGUGUAAUGAGUUAUUCGCAUAUUUUGCUACGAAAUGUCUUGAAGCUCUUAUAAAAAGCACUAGACAAAGUCUAGAUGAAUUAAGACGAAGAGCUUCAGUUUCGAGUUUUUUAACAAUGACUACGGAUGUAGAAGAACAAAAGAAGUUGAAUCCACUCAUGCUCACUAUGAUGUAUUUACAAAUACCAAUAAUACUUAUUAAGCCUACUUUGGAGGAAAUUCAAUCAGCAUUUUCACAAGUGGUGUUAAACUGCAUAAUGGAUAUUCAUCGUAACGUAUUUAUGUGGGGCCAACAAGAACAAAUUAAUAAGGAGAGGUUGAGAGGUGGUUCCUUGGUUAUGGCAAGGAGUGUAAGCGAUAAACUUAAACUUGCUCUACAUGUUGAAUCUGUUGAAUGGAAACGAAUCUUGGGCAAGUUACUGAGUCAGUCAUACAGGGAACGUGUGAAAAAACUUAUGCAAUUCAUUAACGACCGGAUGAAGACAAUGAGUAAAAAAAUUAAGGAUUUGGAUGACGUUAGAGUUGCCAUAAUGUGCCUCGAAUUGAUACGAGACGAAUUUAUUGGAAUGGAUUUGGAAUUAGAUUUAAUUGAAGAAAGUUAUGCUACCUUUCACCAAUUUAAUAUUGAUAUACCGAAAGAAGAUGCAGAUUUAGUCUACGGUCUACGUUAUGCAUUCCAAAAUAUGCUAACAACUUCGCAGCAAGUUCAACAAAAAAUUGUAGAUAUGCAAGGCCCAUUACAAGAGGAGCUUACUGAAGGGGUGUCGUCGUUCCUCGAGGAUGUGCUGAAGUUUGACGCUGAUUAUGAUGCUUUUGGACCAAUGACGCCGGGGUUGUCUGCUAGAGACGCCAGCGAUAGAGUCAUAAUGUUCCAGUCAAGGUUUGACGAAUUAUGGCGACGAUUUGAAAUGUACUCCAGUGGUGAAAAAUUGUUCGGAAUGGAAGUGAAAGAUUAUCCCAUUCUUCAUCAGAAAAAGAGAGAAUUUAAUUUACUUAAUAAAUUGUAUAGUUUGUAUCUUGCGGUGAUGAAUUCCAUCGAUGGCUAUUUUGAAACACCUUGGGUUGAUAUUGACAUUGAACAAAUUGUUGCACAGCUAAAUGAGUUUGAUGUUAGAUGCCGAAAAUUGCCGAGAGGUAUGAGAGAUUGGCCGGCUUAUAUUGACUUGAAAAAUAAAAUCGACGACUUUAAUCAAACAUGUCCACUACUGGAGCUAAUGGCUGAUAAAUCUAUGAAAGAACGACAUUGGAGACGUUUAGAACAACUAAUGAAUUGUGUAUUGGAUGUAGAAUCUGAUACAUUCACUUUAGCGAAUGUAAUGGAAGCGCCACUAUUAAAGUAUAAAGAGGACGUUGAGGAUAUUUGUAUUAGUGCGGUGAAAGAAAAGGAUAUAGAAGCGAAACUUAAGCAAGUAGUAUCGGACUGGGCCGUAGUGAAUUUGACAUUUGCAAACUUUAAGAAUAGAGGUGAACUUCUCAUUAAGCCGCAAGAGACACUUGAUAUUAUCACACUGUUGGAAGACACUUUAAUGGUUCUAAAUUCUCUUGCUUCGAAUAGAUACAAUCCUCCGUUCAAAAAAGACAUAAUGUUAUGGAUCAAUAAGUUAGUAAGUACAUCUGAUAUUUUGGAGAAGUGGUUACAAGUACAAAAUUUAUGGAUGUACUUGGAAGCAGUAUUUGUAGGAGGCGAUAUUGCAAAACAGCUGCCCGCUGAAGCGAAGAGAUUUGCUACGAUUGAUAAAUCUUACGUAAAAAUAAUGUAUCGCGCCCGUGAUAUUGCUAACUGCGUGGAAACGUGUACAUCAGACGAUAGUUUGAAGCAAAUGCUCCCACAUUUGCAUGAUCAAUUAGAGGCCUGUCAGAAAUCACUCAGCGGAUAUUUGGAGACCAAACGUGCUAUAUUCCCGAGGUUUUUCUUUGUAUCCGACCCUGUUCUAUUGGAGAUUCUUGGUCAAGCUUCUGACCCACAUUCAAUUCAGCCACAUCUGCCAAGCAUAUUCGACGCUAUAUUCACCGUGGACUUUGACGAUAAGGAUAGAAUUGUUACAAUGAACUCUGAUAAUGGGGAAAGCAUAAACUUAGAAAGACCAGUGGUUUGUGUGGGCGGUGUUGAGAUAUGGUUGAAUACUUUGCUAGAUACAAUGAAAGAUACGGUGAGAAACAUUAUUGCUAACAUAUGUCAAACAAUAUCAGGUGAUCCAGAGUUUGAAUUUUUAGUUGGAUUCUGGAAUUUCCCUGGACAGGCAAGUCUUUUAGGUAUGCAAAUUUUGUGGACUAGUGACGCGGAGUAUGCCCUCAAAAAGGCUAAAGUCGACCGCUAUAUUAUGAGACUGACAAACCAGAAAUUCCUUGAUCUUUUGAAUGGACUUAUUGAUCAGACAGUUAAAGACCUAGUUCCAUUGGAUAGAACUAGAAUUGAAACUAUGAUAACGAUUCACGUCCAUCAAAGGGAUAUUUUUGAUGAUCUUGUAAAAAUGAGGAUCAAAAAUCCAGGAGACUUUGAAUGGCAAAAGCAAGCAAGGUUUUAUUACAUUGAAGAGAACGACGAUUGUAUUGUUUCUAUUACCGACGUUGAUUUUAUUUAUCAGAAUGAAUAUUUGGGCAUAACGGAACGGUUGGUGAUCACGCCGCUGACAGAUCGUUGCUACAUCACGCUGGCGCAAGCAAUCGGAAUGAGCAUGGGUGGUGCGCCCGCAGGCCCGGCCGGAACCGGCAAGACUGAAACUACGAAGGACAUGGGCCGUGCUCUUGGCAAGCUGGUCAUUGUGUUCAACUGUUCUGAUCAAAUGGAUUUUAGAGGCUUGGGACGCAUUUUUAAAGGCCUCGCGCAGUCCGGCACUUGGGGAUGCUUUGACGAGUUCAACCGUAUCGAGUUACCCGUCCUCUCUGUAGCGGCUCAACAAAUACAUAUUUGCCUAACUGCAAGAAGGGAAAAGAAAGAGUUCUUUGUAUUUAGCGAUGGUGACGUCGUAAGCUUAAAUCCAGAGUUCGCAUUUAUAAUUACUAUGAACCCUGGUUAUGCUGGACGUCAGGAACUGCCUGAAAACUUGAAGAUUCAGUUCCGUUCUGUGGCUAUGAUGGUGCCUGACAGGCAGAUUAUUAUUAGGGUUAAAUUGGCCAGUUGCGGAUUUAAAGAAAAUAUUUUAUUGGCUCGGAAGUUCUUCACAUUAUACAAACUAUGUGAAGAACAGUUAUCUAAGCAAGUUCAUUACGAUUUCGGUCUUCGGAAUAUAUUGUCGGUUUUGAGAACAAUGGGAUCGCAAAAAAGAGCAAAUCCGGAAAGCACUGAGGAAAAUAUUAUGAUGAGGGUUUUGAAGGAAAUGAAUGUAUCCAAGUUAGUGGACGAAGACGAACCGUUAUUUAUUUCCCUAAUAGAAGAUUUAUUCCCUGGAAUGAAGCUUACGCAAACUGCUCAAAGGGAAAUGCAACGCGCUAUAAAUAUAGUGACGGAGCGUUCUGGUUUAGUCAACCAUCCGGAAUGGAAUCUCAAAAUUAUUCAGUUAUACGAGACGUCUUUAGUACGGCAUGGUUUGAUGACUAUGGGUCCAACGGGUUCUGGGAAGACAACAUGUAUUCAUACACUGAUGGCAGCGUUAACGGAAUUGGGCAAACCACAUAAGGAAAUGCGAAUGAAUCCUAAAGCAAUAACGGCGCCACAAAUGUUUGGGAGAUUGGAUGUAGCUACAAACGAUUGGACAGAUGACGGCCCGGUGGAUGCAGUGUGGAUUGAAAAUCUGAAUUCUGUGCUGGAUGACAAUAAAACCUUGACCUUAGCAAAUGGAGAUCGAAUAACGAUGGCUCAGAAUAGCAAACUGGUGUUCGAGCCGGAUAACGUUGAUAACGCCUCACCUGCCACCGUCAGUCGAAUGGGAAUGGUGUUUCUAUCCUCAUCAGUUUUAAAAUGGCAGCCUAUUUUAGAGCCACAAACAGUACCGCAGCCUGGACUCUCACCUUUGUCGCAGCCCACACCCGCACCUUUAUUGCAACCUGGACCUUCAUCUUUGUCGCAGCUAGGAGCUUCGAAUUCGAGCCAAGCAGUAUUCUCCACCUCACAACAACAUACUAGACCACAUACCAAACCUAUUCGUGUACCUAUAAUGCAACCUCAUCGUUUUACAUCCAAUCAACCUGGAAGACUUAUGAAAAGGAGAAAUAUUGAUGUAGACCAAGAGUAUUUAGAGAUAGAAAAAAGAAAACUUCAAUUAUAUGAGUCCAGGUCAGCAGCAGAAUCUGCAGAUGAUCCUGAUCGUAACUUUUUGUUGAGUUUGCUUCCAUACUUAAAAGAAGUGCCAGGAAAUAGAAAAAUCUUUGUUCAACGAAAAUUGUUAGACGUGUUCAUGGAAGAAGAAAAUACCCAACUUCAGUAUUAUCCUGUAAGCCGUUACUCCGAAGAAUUAAUUCGCCCCGAUUCUGGAGAUUUGUCAUCAAAUAUGUCAUUUCCUCCAUGCGUUGUCAAUAUUGAAGAGCCUUUGCCACUCAAAUAA